GGCUCAGCUCCAACAACACCAAGACCAUGGCCAAUUCGCUUGGAAACUCUGAAAACCUCAGUGCCGAGCUCUGGUACCGAGAGUUUAACCGCGGUCUUGACGAUAGCAAAACUCCCCCGGAACCUCGUCCGGACACCGACACCGUUGCAACCGCGGCGCAGCUCAAGACUGACUUUGUCGAUCACUGGGGCCACCUGCUCAAGACCGACAAGCAGUUCCGGAGUCUCAACACGUACAAUGAGCUCAUUGAAAACUUCUGGAACCAAGACGACAUCAUUGUGCAGACUUAUGCCGUUGCCGAUGGUCAGACAAUUCCCAAGGACAAGCAGAAGCCUUGGUUCAGAUCGGAGCUUCGCUUCUUGUCUCUUGUCAUUCCCACUGAUGCAGACCACAAGAAGGAUGCCAAAGCUCCCAUCACCAGCGUGUCAUGGGCCCCGUGGUUUGUCCUCAUAGCAGCAUCUUCAUAUAUCCACUCAGCGAACGAUAUUCUCCACAUCAUGAGUUGGUCGGACGAAGAUAGUCAGUUCCGAUACUAUGCCCGCGACCUCAUCAUGAACCCCAAAGUCAAGCACGGCGAACAUGGCUGGGUUUAUCUCUGCAGCUCAAUGGAUGCAUUCGCCGAAGACGGCAAGGCCUACAUGGGCCCUCUUAACGGGCACGUCAACGGCGGCCUUGUUAUGAAGGAAAUUCACAAGCCGUGGAUGCAUUGGCUCGUGGGAGGCCGAGGCGUCCAGGAUUUACUCAAUGAAACACUCCAAAAACAGCUGGGUGCGGCUACGUGGCUGACGCACCCCGGAUAUCCGCCUCUAUACGGAGCGAGCGUUCAAUCUGGAGAAACCCUCGAGAGAAUUGUGCUCGAUGCCUUGAGACACUGGUUCACCAGUCGUCGAAACAAGGAUUUCAUGGACAACGGCAAAGCGAAAGAGAUGCCCGACCACAUACAACGCUGGGCCGCUCACUUCUUUCUCUCAACAAGCAUCAACAUAGCUGCCACGUCCAACAACGCCAAUAUUAUCCCUAGCGACUUCUUCUUUGAGUACGAGACCCUGAGGGGAUACAGCGACCUCUUGCCAAACUCACACCAGCAAAACGUCACGUGGCAAAAGAUUCACGAGCUGCCUGAAAUGCCAAAGGCUCUUGUGGAAUGGAACAAGCGCCAGAUAGUUCUUGGGAACUCUCCGGCAACCAGCCAGGCUGAUUGGUUCAACAACUACUCCAUACCGUCGUUCCAGUACAAGGCGUCUUCCUACAUGUGGGCGUCACGCGAGCUCAAGCUCUGCACGCUGCAAGAGGUGACACCGGACGCGUCUGAGAUCACAUUUAAGCGCGACACGUUCGCCGGCGGCGUGUUCAUGGGAACGCUGGAGAAUGGCGAAGAGCGCAUCGACGGAGGCGAAGAGAUCCAUUUCGCCAUCCAGCAGUGGGGCGAAGGCGACAACCCCUGGGUCAUUCUUCAAAGCUCCAUCGAAGACGCCAUGGGCGUUUGGAUGGCCCAGAAGAUGUUUCUCGGAGAGGACAAGAAAUAUGCGCGCUGUCAGCUGUUCUCCAAAAAGACGUUCAACGCCCUCCAGAUGGUCGACUUCUGGAACCCCAUCUAUUCGUGGAGGCGCGUGAAGCUGAUGCAGUACAUCCCAGUCCAGACCAAGCUCAAGGACGAGCCUGUCACUGAUCCCGAGGGCGGAGAGGACUACUACACUUUUGACCUCGAGGAACUGUUCAUUGCUGCCAUCGAAGCUCGUGUCGCAGUGGAUGGAGAGAGGGACUUGAAGUGCCUCCCGGAAACCCCGCCAGAGAUUCUUUUCCUCGAAAAUCUGGAGAGGCCUCUCAUCGAGCACCAGAUUCGCAUUUCCGACUAUACCACCAUGGUGUCGGAGCGGUUGGGAAAUUCCAAAUGGGUGUUGGAGUACAUGAAGCUGGCGGAAUCGCGACGACGCAUGUUCCGGCCGCUGCCAAUGAACUUCUUCGGAAGCAACUUGCCGUACUGUCUCGCCAUGAAGACGGAUGACCCAUGGCUUGAGAUGACAGAAGGUGGCGCCGUGCGGGAGAUAUCCAAAUACGGCACAAGAGUUCUCAAGGAAUGGCUGGGAUCAUUGGCCGGAAACGACCCGAAGGUUCUUCCUGGUCCGCAUCACUCGCUACAAGACCUCGUUUCGACAAGGAAGGGGAGAAUGGGGCAUGACAAGCCCGGAACGCCGCGAGCUUUCCUGCCGAGGCCGUCGACGAUGCGCAUGGCGUGUCAGCGGUCGAUUGCCAUAACGAACCCGGAAACUGAGGCGCGACGUGGUGGGUGUCCGUUUUUGAAUCGAGCGCCGGCGUAGUGGAGAUGUGACAGCUCUAGAUAUUAACAUGGUGGAACGGAUUUGAUAGCCAAUGAAACCAGGGGCAUUAUUGUAAUGCUGCGUCUCGUAUAACGAACCAGGUUGUCCCAUGCUCGAUGACUGAUGCGUCUCUGUAAUCUGCGUCCAGUCUGAUGUGACCUAAGCGGUGAAGUUGUGUACUGCUGCGAUGUUUUCAUUGUCGAUAGAUGCAGUCUUCGAAAUCCACGACAGGCUUGUAACUUUGGAUUGUUCAUGAAAGAGGCACCCAGGAAGUUCCG